GUACCUUGUUAGCUAGAUGUGAAGUCACUACCGGCCUUUCUACACAUUUGAACAUGGCUUCUUCUUCUUUUGUCACCCUUCUUCUGAUCUCUAGCUUUCUUUCAUUUUCCCACAUCAGAGUGUCUGAAGCAGCCACAGCUCCUAUUGUGAAGGGACUAUCAUGGACCUUCUACGAUUCAAGUUGCCCCAAGCUUGAAUCCAUCAUCAGAAAAGAGCUCAAGAAGGUCUUCGACAAGGAUAUUGCUCAAGCUGCUGGUUUGCUUCGUCUUCACUUCCAUGACUGCUUUGUUCAGGGUUGUGAUGCAUCAGUACUAUUGGAUGGAUCAGCAAGUGGGCCAAGUGAGAAAGAUGCACCUCCCAACUUGACUUUGAGAGCCCAGGCCUUUAAGAUCAUUGAAGACCUUCGCAGUCAAAUUGAGAAGAAGUGUGGAAGAGUCGUGUCCUGUGCCGACAUCACCGCCAUCGCCGCACGAGAUGCUGUUUUCCUCUCAGGGGGACCAGACUAUGAACUCCCCUUAGGAAGGAGAGAUGGAUUAAACUUCGCCACAAGGAAUGUCACCUUGGAUAACCUCCCAGCACCCCAAAGCAACACCACCACCAUCCUCAACUCACUCGCCACCAAAAACCUCGACCCGACCGACGUGGUAUCCCUCUCUGGCGGCCACACCAUCGGCAUCAGCCACUGCUCUUCCUUCACCGACCGCCUCUACCCAUCCAAAGACCCCGUCAUGGACCAAACCUUCGAAAAAAAUCUCAAGCUCACCUGCCCCGCCAGUAACACGGACAACACCACCGUGCUGGACCUUCGCAGCCCCAACACGUUCGACAACAAGUACUACGUCGACCUCAUGAACCGCCAGGGUCUCUUCUUCUCCGACCAGGACUUGUACACUGACAAGAGGACCAAGGACAUUGUUACCAGCUUUGCAGUGAACCAGAGUUUGUUUUUCGAGAAGUUUGUGGUGGCGAUGCUAAAGAUGGGGCAGCUGAACGUGUUGACAGGGAGUCAAGGGGAGAUUCGUGCUAAUUGCUCUGUGAGGAAUGCGGAUAAGAAGAAGAGUUUCUUGACUACUGUGGUGGAAGAAGUGGUGGAAGAGUUGAUAGAAAUGUAAUUAACCAGUGUGUUAGUUACUAUAUAUGUGUAGGUUUAUGUUUUAUGGCGGUUAAUAACACAAACUACCCUCUUGUUUCCCUGUUGCGAGGGUGUACGUUUUGAAGGAUGAUCGGGUAUAUGAUCAUCAUAAGAAAUCUUUUGAUGUUUGUAAUUCCUCCUAGUUGUAUCACACGACAAUAUUGGAAAUGAAAUAUUUUCAGUUUUGUA